AUGGACCAACACUAUGUCUCACCCGGCCCGACACCUACCAUGAACGGCUCUUCUCCUUCUCUCAUGGACAUCAACCGUCCUACCUAUCAGGCCUUUCCCCCUUCUCCUUCCUCUUCAACGGGAUCCAACCGUGUGAGCAAAGCGAAAAAGGGCAAGCGUGUACAUGAGUGCGAGUAUCCCGGUUGUAGCAAGGUUUUCACGAGAGCUGAGCAUCGCCGGAGGCAUGAGCUGAGCCACAAAAACAAUAAGAUCUACGCAUGCACAUUUGAAGGUUGCUCAAAGGCGUUCCAUCGUUCUGACUACCUCACUCAGCACCUGUCGAGACAUGAUACCCGCACGUCAGUGGUUAGAAGACCAUCUUCCCGUUGCAACUCUGUUUCAUCCCCCUCUCAAUAUCCACCUGGAUCUCCUGGAACUUCCGUACCACCUAUCUUCCAGUCUAUCGAGGAAAACACCCAAGUCGAACCAAAGAGUACUCCCGGAUCGUCUCUAGCUGCCUGCUCAAACUGUUUCAGCUGCCAGAGCGGCACUGGACCUUGCACAAAUGACCAGCCCAUGUAUUCCUACUCCAAUACAGGCCAGGAAGCUCUAUCAAGUGCUCCUCUUAUUUCUCCGCAAUGUGUGACCUCGGAACUGCCCGCCGGUUUCGAGACUAUAAUCGAUCAAUAUAUGCACCGCGUUCUCAGGCCGGAUGCUUUCCUUGUAUAUUCCCAAUCGAUUCCACCGCAAUCAUCAGGGACGCUCAGUUCUUCAUACUGGUCACCAAACAUUGACCCACAACUGCCUCCUUUGCAUUCGAUGGUGUUUGAAAAUUCCACCUCUUACCCAUGGACUUCUGGUGUUGAAAGCUUCCCACUGCCGCCCCUGUUCAAUCGAUAA